ACAAUCUUUUAGUUGAUGUCCUAAGACAUUAUUUUAAAAAAACAAUUACUCUAAUUAAUUAUAUAAAAACAUUGGUAAGUUGUAAAUGAUUUAUUUUUCCAUUUCAUUAAUUGAGAACUGAAACUAAGAAAUAUUUAUAUAAAAAAAAUAUAAUUUUUUAAGUGAAGAGUUCAAUUAAGUCCCUAAUCCAUGUAUCACUUAUUUUGGCAGCCAUUAAAUUAAAAAGACCUUAAUGGCUGUGUUAUUCUUUACCACACUAAAUUUUUAGCCUUUUAUCUCUGUACGUACCCACUUAUUUCUCCCAUAAAACAGAUCUCACGUUUUAUGUACCUCUCAUGGUUGUAUCCCUUUUUCUGUUCUAAUUCCAUGCAAAGAAAAACUAUAUCAACAUAAACAGAUCAAUAAUUCCUCAAAUCACUAACUUGUGUUAUAUAGUACCCUAUAGAAAUUAAUAAUUCAAUCAUUCUCCAAACAAACAAUUAUACAAAAACAUAUAAAUCCGGAAUAGAGGAAGAACCAUGCCGGAAUGAGAGCUUGCUGGUGUUUACAGCGGAGGAAAUAAAAGUGGUUCAUCAAUGAACCAUUUAUUUGAUAUCUACAUUUAAAUUAUUAGAUUAUUAAAGGAUAGAAGUGAAGAUGGAAACCAAAGAGGACGUUGAGGGUGGUAAGCAGAGAGGAGUAAGAGAACCAUUGUUAGGGGAAAACAACAAACAACUUGUCCAUGGAACCAAAGAUCAAGAUCAUGAUCAUCAUCAUUGGAUGGUUUACUUCACCACAUUCAUUGCUGUUUGUGGUUCUUUUGAAUUUGGUGUUUGUUGCGGUUAUUCAUCUCCAACUCAAGAAGCUAUCAGGAGGGAUCUUAAUCUGUCUUUGGCAGAGUACUCCUUGUUUGGCUCCAUCUUGACUUUCGGUGCGAUGAUUGGCGCAAUAACAAGUGGACCAAUUGCUGAUUUCAUUGGUAGAAAAGGGGCAAUGAGAGUAUCAAGUGCUUUUUGCAUUGCAGGAUGGCUUCGUAUUCAUUUCUCUAAGGGUCCAAUUUCUUUGGAUAUUGGGAGACUAGCAACAGGAUAUGGAAUGGGAGUCUAUUCAUUCGUGGUUCCUGUCUUCAUAGCAGAAAUUGCGCCAAAAGAACUCCGAGGAGCCCUCACUACCUUAAAUCAGUUCAUGAUUGUUACUGGGUCAUCCAUGUCAUUCGUAGUUGGAACAGUACUUUCAUGGAGGGCUUUAGCUUUAGUCGAACUUAUUCCCACUGCUGUGUUGCUUUUGGGUCUAUUCUUCAUUCCAGAGUCUCCUAGAUGGCUUGCAAAAAAAGGACGCUCGGAAGAUUUUUUGGCUUCAUUGCAAAUACUUCGCGGUAAAGAUUAUGAUAUAUCUCAAGAAGCAGAAGAAAUUCAGGAUUAUAUAACUAGUUUAGAAAAACUCCCAAAAUCGAAGGUGCUGGAUUUGUUUCAAAAGAGAUAUAUGCGCUCACUCACGAUCGGAGUAGGGCUGAUGGUCUGCCAGCAAUUUGGUGGAAUCAAUGGAGUUGUUUUUUAUGCCAGCAGUGUUUUCAACCUAGCAGGAUUUCCUUCCACGGCCGGAAGUAUAUAUUUUGCUAUUUGUCAGAUUGUAAUCACAGGUGUUGGAGCAACCCUCAUAGAUAAAGCAGGCAGGAAGCCUCUACUAUUGGUAUCUGGAUUGGGCCUCGUUGCAGGAUGUAUAUGUAUCGCAGUUGCAUUCUAUCUUAAGGUUCAUGAUUUGAGUGUGGGGGCAGUCCCAGCACUUGGUGUAACCGGCAUACUCGUCUACGCAGGAUCAUUUGCAAUAGGAAUGGGAGCAGUUCCAUGGGUUGUGAUGUCAGAGAUAUUUCCUGUGAAUAUUAAAGGACAGGCAGGAAGCAUAGCCACAUUAGUUAACUGGUUUGGUGCAUGGCUAUCCUCCUAUACUUUCAACUUUCUCAUGAGUUGGAGUUUAUAUGGUACCUUCAUUCUUUAUGGUGGGAUCAAUGCACUAGCCAUAGUAUUUAUAGUUUUAGUAGUUCCAGAAACCAAAGGUAAAAGCCUCGAACAAUUACAAGCAGCCAUUAACGUGUAGGAAGUUUAUGAUUUGCAGUGUUUGGUGGAACAUCAAAGGAUGCAAGUUGGUGAUUGAAUAACUAGCCUUAUUUUUUUAGUCAGAUUGGUUACAUAUUUGAUUAUUGAGUUCACUAUUGUUAUAAGUAAUUCACAUUAGUUAUGCUCGAGAAAGUAAUUCACAUUCAUUGUGUUGAUGUCAUUGAUUAAUGAAAUAUACUCC